AUGGAAUAUAAAAGAUCAGUACAAUCAUCUGAAAUAAAUAUUCAUACAAUUAAAAAGAAUGUUUCAUCUGAAAUAUGCCAAAAUACAAAUAAAUGUAUAUUUGGUGACGAAUGUCAAAUAACCAUAAAAGCUCGGCAUACAUGUCGAUGUUGUAGAUUAAAAAAAUGUUUAUCUGUUGGAAUGAAAAAAUAUUUAUUACGUGCAUCACAUAGAGCACAAGGGGGAAUUAAAAAGAAAUUAUUAAAACAAAAACCAACAUCUUCAAUGAUUAUUCUUUAUCCACUUGAUUUACUUAAUCAUGAUCGUUCAUUAUUAUCUGUUGAUCAAUGGUCUCUAUUAUCAAAUGUUAAUAAUGUUUAUGAUCAUGCAAAUCCUAUUGAAAAUAUUCGCUAUAUCAUUAAUAGCCAAUCAGUUUUCCCACCAAAACUACGUUUAAAAAUGGCAAGUUUUUAUGUGAUGGAUUUUAUUCAUUCAAUGUAUUCAUUUGUUGAAUCGUUUAUUAAAAUAGUUCCAGAAUUUUCAUCAAUGAAAAUUAAUUAUCGAACUACAUUAAUGAGAAGAAAUAUUCAAAAUUUAGGUGGUUUUAAUUGUCAAUUCAUGAUGUCUCAAACAAAUAUGUUAAAUGAUUUUGCUUAUUCAAAUUCUCUUUCAUCGACUUAUGGAUCUUGGAUAUUUAAUGGGACUGUUCGAAUUGUUCAGCAAUUUGAUCUUGAUCAAAUAUUAUUGAAACUAUUACUUAUUGCAUUGGCUUUUUCUACAUCCUCUGAUGUUAUUACGUUUGAAAAUAAUAAUUGCAGUUACAGAACGUCGGAUUAUAGUCGAUCAGAUAAUUUUAUUGAAAGACGUUAUCUUUCAAUAAAUGCAAAGUAUUUAUUUGAAAUUCAAAAUAAAUAUAUUGAAGUUAUGUUCAAAUAUAUGAUUUAUCGAUGUGGUUAUUAUCAAGCAGCACUACGUUUUGCAACUCUAAUGAAAAAUUUUCUUUAUCAAAGUACUCUUUCAGCAAGUGCAACUGAAAUAGCAAAUCAUGCGGAUAUGAUAAGAACAAUUGUUGAUGAAACUGAACACUUAUCAUUAUCUCAUUACUAA